CACACACAGUGAGGUCUUUAAAUAGAGGUCCUCCACAGUCCUUCGUCCUCGGUGAUCGCUGACCCUGCUGCCGGACACUCGUCUCCACAAGUUCAUCCCACAACCAAGACAUGGAGAGAACCUUCAUCGCUGUGAAGCCUGAUGGCGUCCAGAGAGGACUCUGUGGUGAGAUCAUGAAGCGCUUCGAGCACAGAGGCUUCAGAUUGGUCGCUGCCAAGUUCAUGCAGGCCUCUGAAGACCACAUGAAGAAACACUACCUGGACCUGAAGGACAUGCCUUUCUACGCUGGACUCUGCAAGUACAUGUCCUCUGGACCCGUCUUCGCCAUGGUGUGGGAGGGGAAGAACAUCGUGAAGUUGGUCAGGAUGAUGCUGGGUGAGACAAACCCCGCUGACUCUAAGCCCGGCAGCAUCCGUGGAGACCUGUGCAUCGACAUCGGCAGGAACAUCAUCCACGGCAGUGACACUGUGGAAAACGCUAAGACUGAGGUCGGCCUGUGGUUCAAGGCCGAGGAGUUCGUCUCUUACUCACCCUGCGCUCAGCCCUGGAUCUACGAGUAAACUGGCCAAUCACAAGCCAGGGAACGACACACCCACUGGACUCCGCCCCAUCACCCAAAACUCCACAGUCCUUUCUCAGCCUGGAUUUUUCCACUGAUCAAAAACAUGUAGAUUAUCAUUAAAGAAUCAUGUUAAUGAAA